AUGAUUGAUGCUGGAAUUCAGGCAUAUAGGGACGAUGAAGAGCUCCGUACCGGGGAAGAGAUCGGCGGCCAGCUUCUCCAAGCUAUUCAACACUCAAAGAUCUCAAUACCAAUCUUUUCUAAAGGAUAUGCUGAUAGUCCAUGGUGUCUCAGGGAGUUGGUCAAGAUGGUGGAGAGCAAGAACACAGGGGGACAAAAGAUCAUGCCCAUUUUCUACAAUGUCACGCCGUCCGAGGUCAAAUACCAAAAUGAGCACUACAACAAUGCCAUUGUUUCUGAUUUAAACAAGAAGCAGUUCGAUGAUGAGACUAUCAACAAGUGGAAGGCUACUCUUAAAGAGCAAAGAUCUUUGAUAAAGAUUAGAGAUGAUAACCAACUGUGGAUGCAUGAUUGGUUAAGAGAUAUCGGAAGAAGUUUUAUAGAAGAAGGAAGUGGUAUGAAACCAGAGAACCAGCCAUGGGUGUGGACUCAUGAGCAAGCAUUAGAUAUUUUAGAGAAAAUGCAGGACUGUAAAAGUCUUCAAAAGCUACCAAACGAGAUAGGGGCACUGGAAUCUUUGAUGGAACUUCUUCUUGACUCUACGUCUAUAAAAGAGAUCCAUAAAUGGAGAAGGAUGAAGAAUCUGAAAAUUCUUAGCAUGGCCAAAUGUAGAUCAUUGAAUAAAUUCAGUUUCUUUGGUUGCUCAACAUCAGUGGCGAAGCUCUUAUUAGUGGAUAACCAUUUCAACUCAUUGAUUGAGUUAGAUCUAUCGAACACUAGUAUCAGGGAGUUACCAAAUUCAAUUGGGUAUAUGAAGAAAUUGAAAGUGCUAAAGCUAUGCCAUUGCCCCAUAAGAAAACUACCCAGCGAUAUUGGAAUGUUGGAGAAGCUCGAACAGCUAGAGGCGGGGGCAGAAUUGACAGAGAUUCUCAGUGAUAUUGGGAAGCUACCAAUUUUGAGAAAAUUGGUGUUCGCAGGCGGUGAAAUUUCAACGAUGCCUCAGCUUCCAGAAAGUUUGGUCACUCUAACCAUUGAUUUAUACUCAAUGAAGAGAAUGCCGGACAUCUCAAACUUAUUAAAUUUGAGAAAUUUGAAGUUGAAUUUAAGAUUGCAUCCUUCAAAACUUGCAGUAGAUCCAAGUUCUUGGGGGAUUGGAAGAUUACGCAUGCUUGAGGUCUUGGACUUGUAUUGUCUUGAUAUUGGCACCUUAUCUUUUGAUCUUGUUCUCCUUUCUAAGUUGAAGGAACUCCAUAUCCAAUGCCACAAUUUGCAAUGCCUACCAAGGCUUCCGACAAAUUUGUCAUACUUAUGUAUCUCGAAUUGCUAUAAACUAAAAGCAACAAAUGAUUUUUCCAAUAUGAAAGCGUUAUCACUUUUGGAUAUUAGUUGGUUUAAGGCACUAACAGAGAUUGAAGGCCUUGAAGGCUUGGAGAAUCUGAGAACACUAGUGCUCAGGGGUUUAUCAUUGGCGAAGUUGCCUGAUCUAACUAGCUUGAAGAAGCUUAAGGCAAUUCAUGUGCAUUUUUGUUUUGAGCUGGUAAAGGUUCUAGAUUGUCCAAAAUCGUUGGAGACACUUGAGAUUGAAUACUGUCCUAAAGUACAAAAGUGGCCUGAUCCAUCAAGAUUGAAGAAUCUAAAAGUUCCAUUUCAAGGUAAAAGGGAAUGA